AUGCAUCAGUAUAGGACCAAAACCUAUAUAGCUGAUAAUGAUAUAACUUAGAAGAAUAACCGCAGUUCUCUUAAUAUCAUCAAGAACUCUUAUACAAAUAUAGACUAAAAUCAGGAUUCAAUGCUUAGAAUUCCUUAUUAAAGAGAUCACUCAAGAAACAAUUUGAAAUAGAGUAUAUUCAGGGAGACAUAAUCAUAUCAAAACAAUCGUAAUUCGUAGCAUUUUUCGAGUAUCUAAGAGCCAGACAAAUCCUCCGUUCACAAUAACUAUCAAAGACAGACUAUAAGCAGUAUCUAUGAUGCAUCUGCAAGCAAAGAUGAUUUUAUUUUCACUCCAAAGAUCAUGAACUACAAGAAACACUAAUCAAAGAAAAGAAAGAAUGAGAGCUCGAUUGAUUCAUACAUAUAGAAUGUACCUUUGCAAAUGAAGACUGAAAAUAAAUAUAAGAACGCUGGUGCUUUAACUUCUCAAAGGAACUUUCUCACAUAUUAACCUUAUGAUAAUGAAUUUCUAGGACCUUUUUAAGAAGACAGGCCAAAGAAGGUAUAUAAUUAUAUCCGAGAAGAUAGCGCAAAAACACUUAAAGAUAACAAAAUUGUAAAUAAAAACAUUAAGCUAUAUUCUAACAAUUACUCGCCAAAGGGCAAUUAAAAAAUAAUAAUUUCUAAUAUGAAUUCUAACGUUAUGACCUCAAUCGAUACAGUCAGAGACAACAAUGACUCAUACUAAUAGACGCAUCAAGAUCUGUUUUCAUAAAUCACAAAAAAACUUUAAAAUUUAAGCCACAUUAAAGACUCUUUUUGGUAACUGUUAAGUUCAUCUUAAAAUCUUCCAAGCUAUUCGUAAAGAAUUCCACCUUCUUACAUUGAGAAAUAACAAAGAAUAUAUGACGACAUGAACUCAGUUUAAAUUGAGUUAGACUACCUGAUUUAGUUAUUUUCGAUUCAUUUGAGAAGUAUGAUGCUUCGUGAUAAUAAACUAAUGCAAAGGAAGAAGUACUAUAAGAGUCUUUAUAAAAAGACUAGGAAUUAACUGAUACAAUGCUAGAUUACAUCAUAGAAUAACACGUAGAUAGAUUUUAUUAAAAGUCAGCAGUUUGAUAAAUAAAUUAAGUCAUAGUAAGAUCACACUAAUCAAGAUAAAAUCAAAAGACUUAAAGGCUAAAUUGCAGAGUUAGGUGAUAUACUGAAUCAAAGGGAUAGAGAGAUAGUGACUUUAAAGAACUCACUGAAAAUGCUUGAAGAAGAUAGAAUAAUGGAGAAAAUAAAGCAGAAGAGAAACAGUUAAAGUAGUUUGAUUUCAGGUUUGAAUUCAAUCAAAGAUAAUAAAUCUAUGACUGAAAUUAUUGAUUAGGCCAGUAAUCAUAAAGAUGAACUUGAAGAGAGUCUAAGUGCCAAUCCACUCUUCCUAGAUUUACUGAUUGAAUGUGACAGACACAUACAUGAAAACUAGAACUUUGUUUCUUAACAAGACAUCGAAAAUAAGUAAAAGUAAUCGACUCUUGACAGGGAAUUGAUCUAUCAAAUAAUUGACAUUAUAGAAUAAAAAUACAAAUCUUAGUAUAACAAUCACCAAAGUGAUAAUGGGAAUAAUACUCAACAAUAGUAUCAAAAUUUUAUCAAUUAGCCCAUUAAUAGUUAGGUUAAUGGCUAAGCGUAGCAGUUUUUUGUAUUAUAGCAAAGUGCAGAUCAAAAUGAAAUCCAACUUUAUCAUAGCUAAAGUUAAGGAAAUAAUCUAUCUGGCUAUCUUAAUCCAAAUGAUAGCUUGCCAACUUAAAUAUAAAAAAGUUAGAAGAAUGAGACCAUUGAAUCCAAUACUGACUGCUAGUAGCAGUAUAAGCAAGGCAUUAUAGACCUAAGGGAUAGUUAGAGUAAAGUAAAGUCUAGAAAUAACAUGGAUCUAUAUCUUGUAACUUAAGCUCAAUCUGAUCAGUCAAUCAAUUAAUUCAAUUAAUUUUGUGAGAUGAACAAAAACAGUUGGAAAACUAACAAUCCUAUAGUAAUCAAUAAUAAUCUCCCAAGUUAAAGUGAUUUUAAUUGCCAGGAUGACAAUAAGACUAGGAAGAAUGUUUAUAGCAGUUAAACUGAUAUAACUAGCGUUGAUGAUCACAAAGAAUAUCAUUCUUAAAAAUAAAGACCUGCAUCAAAGAUUGAGAUGAAAGAAUAGAUUUUUAACGAGAUUUUUAAAAAGAUAAAAACAACUGAAAUGUCAUUAAUUAGUGACAGAGACGAUAAAUCAACCCAAAGGAGAGGAUAGAUUAACAAAAAGCAGUUUGAGGAUUCUGAGAUUCAAGAGAAGAUUAAUAGGGCAGAAAAGAAUCUGCAUUAAUCAAAACUGAACAAUAUAAAAGGCCCAACUAGUAACAUAAGAUUAGACACUAUUUAAAACUAAGAUUUUUCUUAUAAGGUCGAUGCUAAAAGACACUAUUAAAAUAAUUUACCAAAUACCAUUCUGACGGAAAGGUAGCCUGACAUUUCACCAGUCUAGAAGGCUGAGGAUUCAUAGCAGAAGUAGUAUUUUGCAGAAGAGGAUGAAGAUUUACUUAUUUAGGAAAUCGAUAAAGUUGAGUGGCCCCGAGGUAACCCAAUCGAUUCCUCAAGGAUUAAUAGUAAAAACAGCCUCUUACUUAGUUCUAAUAAUAAAUAGAAUAAUAACACAAAUAAUAGUUAAAAUCAAAGUCAAGAUUAAUAAUUCAACAGAUUUGGGUUCAGACUGAGAUAAAAUUCAAAGGGACAUAGUACAGAAAGUAUUGAAAAACGCUCAUGA